AUGACAACAACCACUUUUUUCAGAGCAAGAGUCAUUGGUACACAAAUCACCAUCAUCACAAGUAAUUGGUGUAUUACAACAACCAGUCUCUUUAGAACAACCAUCAGUAGUACAAGCAUUACCAUCAUCACAUGA